GGGGCUUGAGGGGAGCGAGAGCGGCCGGCGGCACCAUAGAGGGCGCGCGGGGCAGAGCGUCCCGCCGGGCCGCGACCAUAGAGGAGCCGGAGCGGAGGCGGCGGCGGCCGGAGGGGCCGGGGCGGGGGGCGAUGACGUCAGCGUCCACGAAGGUGGGCGAGAUCUUCUCGGCGGCUGGCGCAGCCUUCACCAAACUGGGGGAGCUGACCAUGCAGCUGCACCCCGUUUCCGACUCCUCCCCGGCCGGAGCCAAAUGGACGGAGCCGGAGCUGGAGCUGCUCCGGGGCAGCGUGAAACGCUUCGGGGAGGACCUGAACCGCAUCAGCGCCCUCAUCAAGGACCGCACGGUGGCUCAGAUCAAAGCGACGGCCAAGCGCAAAGCCUACGAGGACAGCGGCGUUCCCCUCCCUGCCGACUCCCCCCAAAAAAGGACCCCGGAAAGGAGGGUGGGGGGGGACCCCAAGUUGGGGCCCCCCCCGGGGGACACCCCCCAUGACGUUGCAGAUGUCACCCUGAGUGACACCGAAGCCACCGGGGACCUCGUGGACAUCGAGGGGCUCAGCGAGACCCCCCCCGCCAAGAAGCUCAACUUCGACCAGGACAGCUUGAACCUCGACUCGGGGACGCUCGGCCCCCCCCGGAGACCGGCCCUCUGCUCUCCCGCUGACCCCACCAAGCCCCCUGGGGCCCCCCCAAACUUCCCGGGGUGUUCCCAGACCCCCCCAGUCUUUCCUGGGCUUCCCCCAGACCCCCCUGGGGACCCCCCCCCCUCCUUUGGCAUCCCUAGACCCUUUUGGGGACACCCCCACCCCUUUGGGGUCCCCUAGA